AGGUGAGGAAAAAUGACACAUCAUAUAAUUUCCUGCAUAGAACAUUAUAGGAAACAAGAAUUUAUGAAAAUGAAACAUGCAAAAAGAAUUUUCUACAUAUACUGUAAUAAAGCUAGGGUACAGAUAACGACAUGGAAUGUGAACCACCGAUCGCCACCGGAAGAUUUGACCCCCCUCCUAGGAUUAUCGAGGAACCCAGACGUCAUAGCGGUCGGCCUGCAAGAAGUAGCCGUAUCACCACACGAAGCCAUCUUGAACACCAUCCUAGUAGACAAGUGGACCAAGGCAUUGGAUCGGAUCAUGGGUGAGAAGGCCUAUUCUAAGAUACGGAAUGUGGCCAUGGUAGGAAUAGUACUUAACGUUUAUGUGCAAGAACGACACAAAUCGAAAACAUCCGUCAUUGACUAUGCGAGAGUGAGGACAGGCUUCAAGGGGCUGUACGGAAACAAAGGAGGAGUUUCACUUACGAUCCUGCUCUACGAGAGUACGCUGACCUUCGUGGCGGCACAUCUGCACCCUAACGAUGGGGCGUUGGAGAAGAGGAUCGACGACUUCCUAGUCAUAGAAAAGAGGAGGGGGCGCUCAUGUUCGCAAGAGGACUACACCUUCUGGUUCGGAGACUUCAAUUUCAGAUUGCAUGGGCAGGCUUACACGGCCAACAAGAUCCAGCACAUGGUGCAGAAGGGAAACCUCGGCGAGUUGCUGUCGCGAGACCAGCUGAACGACGUGCGGCAGGCCGGCCGCGCCUUCAAGGGCUACGAGGAGAUGCAGAUCACCUUCAAGCCGACGUACAGGUACACCGUGGGCACCGACAGCCACGACCUGCAGCGGCGGCCCGCCUGGACCGACCGCGUGCUUUACCGUGCCGGCGAUGGCAGAGAGGUCAUCCCGGUCCAGUACAGCGUCAUCCCGGAGUUCAACAUCAGCGACCACAAGCCCGUCGAAGCCGUCUUCCUCAUCGCGGUCGCCACCUGAUCGUAGAAGCGGGAUGUUAAUAAUGACAAUGGCUGCGAGCGGAUCGAGAUCUUUAGUCAUUGUGAACAACAGUAUUAGAUAUGGCAACCUUAUACCUCGCUAGUUUUAUAUCAUCAACUUGAAACGAAUACACUCCCUCUGCACGCUUAUUCCACAAAUUAGUAUUCUUGAUCAUCGCUCACUUCUCUGAACCAGUAAAUUGACAGUGAUAAUCGACUUUAGUGAAAAUAACUACGUUAAAUUCAAGUUUGUUAAAAAGUGCAGCACGGUAUACCUCAUGUUCCUCAAACGAGUGUUUUACACCUCCUCACUUCGUAAUUAACGUCAUUGCUGAGGGAAAUAGUUUAAUAGAAGAGAGUGCUGUGAGCAUGUUAUAUAAUGCUACUCAAAAUAUUAUUGACUAUUUGUGUUAUUUUUAUAUUCGUCAAUCUUUAUUAAAGCCAAACGGCUUCGGAUCGAAUCUCUUAAUCGAUAUAAUGCUAAUAUGUUAUGUAUUUUAAUUUGUUUUCAAAUUUUGUUUAAAUGAAUAGAGGUUUUCCUCGUGUUUAUAAUUGUUAAUCUCUUAUCUACAUAUUUUAAAUUGUUAUUAAUAAUUUAUAUAUUUUUCAAGAAAAGUUUUUGCAGCAGUAUGAAGCGUUUAUCAAUUUCCUAAUUUUCUUUAAUGGAUAUUUUCAGCUCAUGCAGAUGAUUUGGUACAAAAUAUCAUUAAGAAAAAAGAAU